UCUCCAUGGUUACUAUUUACCAACGAAUAUGGCGGCCGAAUUUUGCAUAGAAUACAUAUAAUAAAACUUGUUUUUGUAAAAUAAAUCUCUGUGGCAGACAAAUCUCGAUAAUUUAUAGUGAACUUACUCAUUCAAAAAAACAAAUGCUUACAGCGACAAUCACAAGGUCAAGCCAAAUGUUACCUCAAUAAUUUCUCGAUGACCGGAAGAGAGAUGGAACUAUCACAAAAAUCUGAGAAAAUGAACAGUCUGGUAAAAGAACAGGUCGACAUGAUCAAACAGAGUCAGGAGAAACUUCACAAUCUUGUUGAAAACAUUAACGACUCCGAAAAUGAGAUUGAUCUAAGCACAGUUGAAUCAGUUAAAGACAUCGUCAAAAAAAGUGAAACCUUGAUCGUUCUAGUCCAGGUGAUCGUCAAAGUACGGAACGAGCUUGGUCAUGCGCGCUUAGAUUUAGAAAAGGCAAAGAAAGCGAAAAAAAUGGUGAAAGAAGCGAAGAACAGGUUAGAAUGGCUUGAAAAGAGACUAGAAAAGUUGCUUGUAGAGUGUCACGAGAAAGCCAACCAUCUGCUAAAAUCCGCAACAGUCAGUUCACUUGGUGAAUCACUGGCUCAAACACAUCUCUCCGGUAACAAAGAUGAACGAUUCACCCCGUCACAAUGCGAGAGACUGUUCUCUGAUGUCGGCGGUUACUGUGUUAAAACCCCAGAAGUAUGUCACAGUGAAAAACGUAACUGUUAUAACGUGACAAAAAACGUCUUAGAUAUGAGCCAGAGAUUGAUAGAACAAGAUGAUAAAAAUUAUUUCAAUGAAGAAGAAAGUUCUACAUCGUUUGGAAAUGUUUCAUAUCCUGAUCGUAACGAAACUAAGCAUAGCGUUGCAGACGACAAAAAUUCUUGUACCACAGUUUCUUCUCUAAAAGACUUCAAUGACAAACCACGGACAACCAUUGUAACGACGAGAGAUUCGCAAACUUCCUUGGGUGAAGAUUACGACGAUGAUGUGGAAAAAUAUUGGAAGUCCGAUCAUCAUAGAUUUGACUGGCCCGAUAGCAACGUUCAAACGAGGUCUCCAAAUUCAUGGCACUCUCUUGGGCUUCCUGUCCAAGAUAGCUUUAUUGCUAAAGAACGGCCAGUCUUUACUCCUGAUCUUCCUUGGAAAGAAAAGGCAACUCAGGUCAACAGCGUUCUUGAUAUACACAAAAUAGCUCUAGACAAAUUGUACGCAAGACUUCACCACAUGUAUGAGGUGAUAGAGAAGGCAACCGAGGCGUCGAUAAAACCUGUGCUGAAAAAUGACAAGAUUGAAGCUCGAAUGAGAAAUAUUGAAAGUGCAACAAGAAUUCAGAGGGAGAUCAGUAAAGACAUGAUCCCAGAAGAUAGCGCUCAUAAGAAAUCCGAUGAUUCUGAAGAGAAGCUUCCAAAAUUAGAUCAAGAUAAUGUUCCUGUGCGCCAAAUCGAUGCUAAAAGAAAAAGUUCAGUGAAGAUGCCACGUCUAGUUUUUCCUCGGAACUCAAACGUCUGGUGCGCCAGCAAAGCAAGUGCAGGGGGGAGAGUCGUGAAGAAAAUCAAGACAAAACCUCCAACACAACAGAGCAAAACACAAGCUAUACUUGCCAGGAAAAUGUUAGAAAACAACGAAGCUAAUACCGAUGAGAUGAAAAAACAAGAGGCUAUGAUUUGGAGACCUUCCAUAGUUUACAAGAUGGUCAAAGCAACUAAAGUUCUCAAGAUAUUCCAGGCGCAAUUACAACAAUACGAUGCCACCCGCAAAUGUGAUCAGAAAUGGAAUAGAGUUGAGUGGUUGUUAGGUCCAAAUGGCUUACUUUCACCAACGAAAAAGACUGUCAUUGACUCACUAAAGGCUCUGAGUGAACUCCGCUGCUCUGAAGAGGAAGUGGGAGCAGCUAUCAAAACGUUUUUGCGCGAAAGCAAAGAUCCACGAAUUUUGUACGAAGCAAGCAAGGCUUUGAUUCUCUCAGGUCACUGGCAUUCCUCAGCUAUUGAGAUUCUUCAAAAUGCACUUAAAUUUGGAUCAAAAAGCUUAAAACAAGAAAUACUAGAUGUUUUGUGUUCUGUCGACAACAUACCCUUUUUUGACAAGAAAGCUCAACCAUUCCAAGAAACCUUAGAUGUCUUAGAAGAUCUUAUCCAAGGCAACGACCCCAGCUUAGCAUUUUCCAGCGCGUUAUGUUUGGGUAGAUUGUUUGUUGUACAUCCCGUUGCCAAAAGAUAUUUACUUGACGUUAUCAAAACUAAUUCAUUGAUUUCAACACAGCGCUGUCAGGCCUUGAAUGUUUUGGUUCGUCAAAUGAACAGUAAAGAUAAAAUUGUCGUCGAAUCUUUGCUACACGAAUUAAGCACUUCAGUUAGUUGGAAGGUUCGCGUCCAGGCUUGUGAUCUAUUGAUGUUUGUUGGAAAUCGUCAUGUCCUGGCGAAAGACGUCGAUGAGAUAUUUCAGAUCUUAGAGCGACUACUUUGGGAUCAUGCGCAUCAAGUAGUUAGAUCAAAAGUUGCAGAAUUAUUGAAUACAUUGAGAUUAAGAAACAAAGCCUGUAGCCUCGUCCAUAGGCGUCUUGAUGAUCCAGAGGAUACCGUACGCGCACGAGCGAUCAUAUCAAUGGCGACUUUGGAAAUGAAAGGAGAAAAGGAGCUUAAAUCUCUUCUGGAUAUUUUAGCGCUGGACUCCAGUGUUUACGCCAGAAUACAGGCUGUACGGGCGUUCAGCAAGUUGAAGUGGGAUGAUCCGAGAGUUUUAAGGAGUUUGAGGGAAAGAGAGAGAGGUGAAGGAAUAUUAGCGAGGGAGGCAAAGAAAGCUCUUGAGCAGUUGACAGGAAAAGGAAAAUAGAUCUUCUCAAAAUAAACAUGAAAAUUGUUGCACUAAUUAAAACACUAUAUAUAUAAACAAAAUUUAGACCUACAUUAAUA